AACUGGGAAAAUCAAUCAUUUCAUGAUCGCACUUUUGCAGGAGGUCUUAUUGUGGGCUCCCUGUGGAAGACAAUCGGCUUUCGCCUUAGCCUUACCCCAGUCCUUCAUCUAGAAUCUAUAUUCCCGUCCAAGAUGCUUCGAAGGCAAGCCAGGUUAAGGAGGGAAUAUUUGUACCGAAAAUCACUAGAAGAGCAAGAACGAACGAUUUAUGAGAAGAAAAAGAAAUUGAAGCUUUCUCUUUCUGAGGGAAAGGCAAUUCCUACAGAACUGCGCAAAGAUGAAGCUGAAUUAAGAGAAGCAAUUGAAUUCGAUGACGAGAAACACGAAAAGGUUGGAAGCCAUAUUGAUGAUGAAUAUGCCUGGGCCGGUGUUGAGGAUCCAAAAAUCAUGAUCACAACUUCACACAAUCCAAGCUCAAGACUGAAACAGUUUGCAAAGGAAAUGAGACUUGUGUUCCCAAACAGCCAGAGGUUGAACCGUGGAAAUUAUGUCAUGAAGCAACUUGUAGAUGCAUGUAAAGCUAAUGAUGUGACAGAUCUUAUUAUUGUUCAUGAACACAGAGGAGAGCCAGAUGGCCUAGUGGUCUGUCACUUACCGUUUGGUCCCACGGCAUACUUCACUCUCUCUAGUACGGUCAUGCGGCAUGACAUUCCCAAGAUUGGUACAAUGUCAGAGGCCUACCCCCAUCUUAUAUUUCACAACUUCAAGAGCAAACUAGGAGACAGAGUCAGGAAUAUCCUCAAAUAUCUCUUCCCUGUACCCAAGGAAGAUACUCGUCGAGUGGUAACUUUUGCAAACCAGAGCGACUAUAUCUCAUUCAGGCAUCACACAUAUAAGAAAGUUGAUGGACAAAUAGAACUUUCAGAAGUGGGCCCUAGAUUUGAAAUGAAAGUUUAUGAGAUUAAACUUGGGACUGUAGAUCAAAUCGAGGCAGAAACAGAGUGGCGACUAAAACCUUAUAUGAACACUUCUAAAAAGAGAAAGGCUCUCAGCCAAGAGUAGUUCUAGUGAAAGGACUAAGAUUAGAUUGUAGAAUGGAGAACCAGGGCAAUAGGAUUUUAAAAUUUUGUUUAUCCAGAUAAGCAUUUUCUAUUGAACCUGCUUGCAAUCAAAGGUAAUCCUUUACUGCUGUAAUUAUUUCCUCACUCAAAUUCACACCACAAUUGAUUCAUGAAAAUUAAAAUCUUUACAGUAUUUUGUGUGAGCCAAUAGUCUCCCGGGCAGCAGUUUUUUGUGUCGGUCUUGCAAUGUUGCAUGUAAACCAACUACAGUACAAGAAAAAUGAUAAAACUUGGCCAUACCAAAAGGGAAACUUCUCCCAAUGCAAUAAGGUCAUUUUUGGCUUGUAAAUUUUUUCCUUUGCCUUUUUUAGGGGGAGGGGUGGGGUGUAAAAAAUUCUGUGCCUUUUUCAACUCCCCUUAUCAUACUGAGUAACUCAACCCUGGAUCUUCCCCCCUGGUAACAAGAUACUAGAAACACUUGACAGGAUAGGCAACUAUUUGGUCAAAAUAAACAUGAUUUAAAGUGA